UCGGCCCAGCCCUCUCGCUCCUGCGCUCGCUCCCGCCCUCCCGGCGCUCGGGGCGCCACGCGCGGGCCCGGCCCGGGGCAGGGCGGACAUGGGCGCCAAGCAGAGCGGCCCGGCCGCUGCUAACGGCCGCACUCGAGCGUACUCGGGCUCAGAUCUACCUUCCAGCAGCAGCGGAGGGGCGAAUGGGACCGCGGGCGGCGGCGGAGCUCGGUCCGCGGCCGCGGGGAGGUUUCCGGCUCAGGUGCCCAGCGCGCACCAGCCCAGCGCUUCGGGCGGCGCCGCGGCGGCCUCGGCGGCCCCUGCAGCCCCGCGCAGCCGCUCGCUUGGCGGGGCCGUGGGGAGCGUGGCGUCGGGGGCCCGCGCCGCACAGUCGUCCUUCAGCAUCCCCAACAGCAGCAGUGGCCCGUAUGGCUCGCAGGACUCGGUGCACAGCAGCCCCGAGGACGGCGGCGGCGGCGGCAGGGACCGGUCGGCUGGCGGGGGCCCCGGCGGGCCGCGCCUGGUGAUCGGCUCGUUACCAGCUCACCUCUCGCCGCACAUGUUUGGAGGAUUUAAGUGCCCCAUAUGCUCAAAAUUCGUACCCUCAGAUGAAAUGGAUUUGCAUCUGGUGAUGUGUCUAACAAAGCCAAGAAUAACCUAUAAUGAGGACGUACUGAGUAAAGACGCUGGGGAAUGUGCAAUAUGCCUUGAAGAAUUGCAGCAGGGAGAUACUAUAGCACGACUGCCUUGUCUAUGCAUAUAUCAUAAAGGCUGCAUAGAUGAAUGGUUUGAAGUAAAUAGAUCUUGCCCUGAGCACCCUUCAGAUUAAGCAUCAGAUUCCAGUUUUAUAGGUUUUCUUGUCUUUUCAAGAUGCUUGAAAAACCAAGAGAAUUUGAGGCUCUGUCUCUGGAAAAACAAAAACGUAGAAAUACUCAGAAAUCUGAGUUCUGUGAGUCUUGGUAAUACAGAGAUGGACAAUCAUACAGAAAAAAAGUCCUGCUGAAGAAAGGACAAUUCCCACAGAACUCAGUGUACCAAACAUGCAUAUAAAGGACACACAGGGAUUUUGAAAAUGCUGCACAUCCCUUAAUAGUCAUCUACAUAGGUAAUACUGAUAAACAUUUUGUAUUCAUACGCCAAAGUUAACUGAUUUAAAAGUUGAUUUACUUUUUAUUAAGUCCUCUAGAGCUGUGCAAGUUGUGUUUUGAUUUGUUUCAUUUUGUUAGUUUGGGGUCUCUUUAUUUUCCCCAACAUAAUGUUUAUGCAUUCACAUAUUCUUAAAUUGAAAACCACAUAAUUUACUUUUUGUAAAUUAAAGUCUUAAAUGUGAAACCAAGAAAUGUAAUCAAGCAGUAAAACAUUCUCUGAAUGUAGACCAUGAUCUCAAGUUCUUCCAUUCCCCCUUCUCCCCGCAAGAGUGGAAACUAGACUUCUACAUAGGAAAGCUAAAAUAUGUUAAUAUUUUUAAAUUAAAGGUUUAAUAUCAGAAUGCAGUCCAAAGAGUAAAUCAGGUUACAUAAUUACCUUUCAAUUAAGUAUAGAAUUGUCCACUGAAUUGCAAUUUAUUAAAUAUAUUGUUUCUUCUAAAUAAAACUGCUCAACAAUUAAUCAGCAAUGAAUCAUCUUGCAGCUAUGCAAAUUUUUUAGAAAUACAAAUUAUCAAUUUUAAGUGCUGCCAGCUACAAUAACUUUGUUUUAACGGGUAUUUUUUGUUUGCUCUUGUCAUGUAAUUAUUUUUAUUAUGCUUUGCAUCUCCAGGCAGUUUUCCCACAUUUGGGUAAAAUGUUUAGCAGGUUAUAAACUUAAUAACUUAUGAAAAGGGUAAAAUAAUUUUUUUGGGAGUGGAACUUGGAAUAAUUUGAGAGAUAUUUUAUAUAUUUUUAAAAAUCAGAAUUUAAUUGGGAUGCCAGAUUUAUAUAGCAAUUUGCAUCUUUAAUUUUCCAGAUAAUCUGGAGAUUAGCCUUUGAUAAAUGA